CACGUGGUUCUUUAACUGCAUUCGCAGCGAACCCUCCCAACCAAAACUUGAACUACUAACUCUGCAACCAAAUGCGAUGGCCCCUAUGACAACACGAGCACAAAAACGGAUGGCAUCAUCAAUCAAGGUACCAGCUGAGAGUAUCGACGAGUCAUCGUCGAGUGAAGAUACCGACGACAUUAUGUGCCAUGUAAGCGCCUUGAAACGAAGUCUCGAGAAACAGCGUAGAAGAAUGAAGAAACUCAUGCAAAUAAAUGAGGGACUGCAGGAGCAGGUCGAACAAUUACAGUCUGGUGUUAAUGAACAACCGAAGAAACCACGCGGCCGUUCAACAGGCUUGGACUUCCGAGUUAAACAGUUACAGGAAAAAGUCAAACUUUUGGAACAGGGACGUAAGAAAGACAAGCGAAAGAUCUCUGCGCUUAGGACACUGGAAGCAAAGGCUGAAGCUCAGGAUCUCGUCAACGGAGAUCACUCCGACAGCGGAAGUACAGAUUCUGUUCACAAAAUGAGAAAACUUUUGAGGAGAUUCAGUGAUAUCAUGCUGGUUACCACCCUCCCUACCGAUGCAGAAGGUAAAGCCGAGGAUUGUCCUAUCUGCAUGGAAGCAUUUGUCGCGAACGAAUGUUCUAGUCUAUCCUGUGAACAUGUCAUCUGUAAUACCUGCUUGCCAGAGAUCUCAAAGGGCGCAGAUGAAACAGUGCAUUGUCCGAAAUGCCGACGUGUCUGCCCGCGAGACGAUGUCGAAAAUGUUUAUAUGACAGAGACCGAGCGAUGGGAUCGACUCCUAGAAGUCGCACAGGCAUGGGGUGCCAUGGACAGGCGUGGGGAAGAAGAAACGAGCGAGGAGGAAGCACAAGAAGACUUCAUCAACGAUGGAACAAGUUCUGCGUCUUCACCCUUAAACGACGCGAAGACGACAGAAGAAGAAGAGGAAGAGGAAGAAGAAGAAGAAGAAGAAGAAAUGAUAUCUAAGAAUGGUGGAGAUUCGGGCGGAGGUACAAAACCGUCAACUUUCGCUCAAGCUCCGUCGAAGGUCAAAAGAGAGCGACUGGCGCAUCUAGCUGAAGAACGCCGCAAGAAAAGGCGGUUAUCUUAAAGUUUUCACUUUGCCUUGAUGUCUAUCUUCAAGUUUUCUUUUAUUCUCCUGGAGCGGAUACAUUGGCCCCACGAUCGAUCUGUCAAGGAUGAAUAUCUUAGCAGUGAGUAUGUGAGCCGCUAGGAUCGGGCCAGGAGCCGGUGUGAUAUGCGGUUCUUCUUUAUUUCCGCCCUUUGUAAGGGUGUACUUUUGUGAUUCUCUCGUUCGUAAGAGAGAGACAUAUUUUUGGGACAAAGGACGGGAGGAAUACAAUGAGCUUUAGGCCAUGUGGCGAACGCGUCCAAAAGCGGAAUAAGUGG